UUCAUGGAACACAUUUCAUAUCAUCUUUAGACUGUAGUGCUGCCCAAAUAUAGCUGUCUCACACAGGGGCUCUCAGAUACAAGAUAAGAAGGUCUUCAACAUGUGGAACCACACCAAUAAACCAAACACGGCGAGGCGAGCUCUCACGCAGGGAAAUGUUCAAAAGUUGGCAGCUCAGUGAAAAGCAACCAGUGGGCCGGCUCCUUCAAAGGAAAUGCUUUGAUGUUCUGGUCCAUUUUACAACUAUGUUCUAUUCCCUCGUGCUCCUUCCUGUUCAGAAUGGAUUUAGUCCCGUCGUGUUUUGUUCUAAUCUGAGGGGAACAAAGAGAACGUGCACACUGAGAUAAUCUGACGAGGUAGCAAAAAUCGCCACAACACCCACAGAGCGGCGGGUUGUCUGUGCGCGCUCCCGAGACCGAGCAGGCAAAUCUCAGCAGGCACGCAUUUCUAGCAACCACCGGAAACCUCUCCUUGAAAAUGGAGUUACACCGGAAAUGAAUAGACGAGUGAGCCGGAAGUUCUUUCAUUUUAGCUGAGGCUCGAACACUGCUGCUUUUACUCUAAAUAAGUGGUUUAAAUGUUUAAGGUCCGCGGAACCAGAGGAGGUCUGCGACCGCUACCUGCUGCGUGUGUCCUUGGUUCGGGAGGGAGCUAUGUGGACGUGAAGAAACUCUAAAGCUAUGUUUUUAGCAUUUAUUGUGUACUUGAGCAUAGAGGUUAAACGCAGCUAAAUCCCUUUGUUUUCCUGCAAAAAGGUAAAACAAUUUAGGUGAUGAGAAGGUAGCUGAAGGAUAUCUAUUGUGUCUGACGCCGAUCAGGAAAACCCAGCCCGCCGAAGCUCUUCAGUAGUAGCUGUCUCUGGGCCCACAUGAUGACGUCUCAACAACCACAGCUCCAGAAUGCUGAAAUCCCAUCCCGGCUAGCCCAGAACCCCUCCGCUCAGCAGUUCCAGCCCCAUUUCCAUCCUGUUGGGAUGGAGUCCAGUCAGAGCGGAGCAAACCCGGGCCCGUUUGGAUAUCGAGCUUUAAUCACCAGGCCUGGCUGCCCUAGUGUGUCAGCUAUCAGUGGAGAGGUGGCCAGUAGGAAAACGUCUGACCAGUCUAACAACUCCAGCAUAUCCAGAAGAGAAUGGCACUUUGAUCCCUGGCCUGAGGAAGAAAUUGAGAACUCCCACGGUCUAUACUCACUGCAUCGCAUGUUUGACAUAGUUGGCGCUCAGCUGACACACAGGGAUGUCCGGGUACUGUCCUUCCUGUUUGUGGAUGUGAUUGAUGAGUAUGAGCGCGGUGGCAUCAGGAGUGGUAGAGACUUCCUGCUUGCCCUGGAACGGCAGGGUCGCUGUGAUGAAACCAAUUUUCGGCAUGUUCUCCAGCUUUUGAGGAUAAUCACCCGCCAUGACCUGUUGCCUUAUGUCACGCUGAAGAAACGGCAGACUGUCUGUCCCGACCCUGUUGACCAGUUCCUUGAGGACACUUCAGUGAGUUACAUUUCACCACGGGGGGCAGAGCAGUCCAAGGACCCUGUCACUCAUAGAAGAACAGGGCCUCACCCGGUCAUGUGUUGCUCCUCAGCUGGACCGCCUGUUGGUCCUGCUCCUCGCACAAAGCCGGCUCCUCCUCCAUCCCACCGCAAAGGCAAACGUAGUCACUCCUCAGUCGACUGCAAAGAGAAGCAAACUUGUGACAUCCGUCUUCGGGUUCGUGCGGAGUAUUGCCAGCAUGAGUCUGCUCUUCAGGGCAACGUCUUCUCCAACAAGCAGGAGCCAGUGGAGCAGCAGUUUGAGCGCUUUAACCAGGCUAACACCAUCCUGAAGUCCAGAGACUUGGGCUCCAUCAUCUGUGACAUCAAGUUCUCUGAGCUAACCUACCUGGAUGCCUUCUGGAGGGACUAUAUCAACGGGUCGCUACUGGAGGCCCUCAAGGGGGUCUUCAUCACAGAUUCCCUCAAGCAGGCCGUGGGCCACGAAGCCAUCAAGCUUCUGGUGAACGUUGAUGAGGAGGACUAUCUGGCUGGCCGUCGCAAGCUCCUUUGUAAUCUGGUCACAAGUGGAGAGAAUCCACAGCUUGGUAACAGAGACUCAGUAUCUUAGAUGAGUUGGACGGAUGGGAGCAGCACCCCCCACCCUGGGCUAGGGCGAGACCUGCUGGAGAAGAACUGAAGAACUUUUAGCAGAACAGUUAGUUGUUUUUAAGCCUAUCUGAUAGGGCACCUGCGUGCAUGGCGAGGUAGAGGUAACAGCCACACAGGUAACGUGCUGGGCGGAGCUAAACGUGUUUCUCCUGUGUUGUAUGUUUUAAACUGUUGAUGUCCUGCUUCCACGUCAAAAGGAAGCAGUUUUUAAAUAAGAGUCGGAUACUCUGCAUUAACCACUUUCUCCCAGUGGGGAGUCAUUUAACCAGUCCCACCAGUUCAUUUGUUUUCCAUUUUGAUAAUUAAAUGGUUUGUUUUACUCAGACUGGGACUUUAGCGUCCUCAUAAACAGACAGAGAUGUCCUAACUUUUGUCUUGGCAGGUAAUAUUAUUAUUAAUAAUCGUAUAUUAACGUGGCUUUUAAUUGGAACGUCAUAAAGUUCCCUGAACCUUUUAUAGAUCAAUCUGAAACGAGACAAACGGACAGCUCCGUAGAUGAAUGAACAUCCAGAAUUAUCAGAUGUUUGUGUGAAUUACAACCGUAAUCCAGCCACACGUUGGUGUCGUGUUUGGACAAAUGUCUGAUGCUUUUAGUCAAAAACGUCCCGGAAGGCUCUUGACAGGAAGUUCUAAUCUGAUGUUCAACUCGGAUCAGAAUGGUUUCAGUCUCACGCUUCAUCACUUAUUCCAAACCAAACUCUCCACCUUCAUCAGUCACCUCCUCAUGUGCUGAAAGUCUUAAAGUGUUCAUUGCUAGUAGAUGAUGUCGUGGUGAUGACGUCAUCUUUGCAUCAGUCAUGAUGGUUUUUGCGUUUUGUUUCCCUUCUGUUCUGUGUGCUCACAUAUAAAGUGUACUAAUAUGGGUCGACAUGGCGUAAUUCCCAAUAAAGAUGUUCUUCACAUGUU